CGAAUCCUCGAAAGGAAAAUUUCCUCGUGAAAUAUUCGCGCGCCACACACUGAUGGCGAAAAAAUUACGGUGUUAGUUAACCCCGACGAGUGCCCGCCGAGUUAAUUUUCUCUGUAUUUUUUCCCGAGCGACUCUCCCGGUUAUGAAUACGCUGUUUUUUUUUUCCGUUCGGAAAUCGUCGAAUUGACACUGAUGUAAUUUAAUUAAACAUAAACUCUUGUCAUCGCACAUAUGUUAAAAAGAUACGGGAGAGAAACAUGGAACGCACAAAAAGGACAAGUGAUAGAAGACUCCGGCAAAGAAUCAAAUAUGCUCAGGCUCAUUUGUCGCGCGAGCAACAUCUCGCGCUAUUGGCGCGUCCGAACUGGAGAAGGAUUCGCAGAGUUGAUCCAAGCAUCAGGAUGCGUCCCUUUGCAGUGUCGCGCGCGGCUCUGAGAAGUCGCGCAUCUAAGCGCAUCCGGGUUAUGGCACUGCCAAAAUUUGUAACUAAGAAAUACGAUGUUUCAAUGGCGCCUGUUCCCUAUCCGUAUAUUCAUCCGAAGACGCUCGCGGCCAAAAGCAGCAGACGUAUCGUCGAACUGGCAUUGCCCAAGAAAAGAUGUUUAGUGGAAACGAUGAAAUUGGCAGCUACCAAAAACAUGAAGGCAAUCGUGAAUGAUCUGCUGGUGAAGGUUCGAAAGUCGCGAUACCAGAGGUAUCGCGUAUUCUGCAACGCGCGUCAAGAACGAGAAGCCAGGAAAAAAAGAAAACAAAUGGCCAAAUUACGAAAAGCUCUCGCAAAACCGGAAGACUGGCAAAGACAUAUGCGGGUUCUGGAAAGGCUCGCCGCACCGAAAAUUGUCAAGAAACCCAAGAAGAAGCGUCGCAUAAGAAAAAAGAAAUGGAGACCGAUUAACUUGGAACGAUUGGACUUGUUGGCGCAACCCAGAGUUUAUAAAAUGCCGAUGAUCAGAGAUCCGCUUGUAAUUGCAAAACAAACGCUCAUGUACAAAAUCACCCAACGUAUUAAAAAUCUCGCGACUCGAGAGAAACCAUCGGAGAUUCCGCUGCGAAUACCAGGUGCCGUUUCGUUGGCCGCGUUGAAAGCUAUAGCUUCCGAGAGAAUAAUCGCCUUGGCGAAGCCCGCUCAACGUCCGGCGGGCUUAGAAACGGACCUCCGCGAAGAUGCUUUUACUGUGUCACCAAUGGCAUUAAAGGCGAAGUGCUCGAGGCGUCUCAAAAUUCUUGCAAGACCCAAGGUCUACCCUAAACCCGUUUUCAAGAGAAUGAAAACCAGUUUCGUGAGACCGUGAGGCGGCACGAAGCGCGGGGCGAAGGUCCUUUCACGCGUAUUCGAAACCGCAUUAAUUUACCUUUGUUCCUCGACGGCGCAAGACACGCAGAUCGAAUUACAACAAAUUACCAAAUGUCUCUUACGCAAUUUCCGUGUAGAUGCGAAAUCUCGAUUCUAAGUGAGAGAUGACUCAUUUGUGUUGUUUUCAAGUUUUCUCAGCGCAAAUGUAUACAUGUGU